AUGGGGCUCUUCAGCAGGAAGCGUCACCGUCGCUACAGGGCUGUGCCCCGUUACAAUCCUGUGUGGCCCGGUGGUGAAGCUGUCAGCACCAGCGGCCCUCAGCUUGAGGAGAAAGAUCUGAACAAGCUGCACCACGCUGCCGCCCACGGUCACCUGUCCUGGCUGAGGUUCUGGCACUCGUGGCUCAAGAUUUGGGGCAUCGACCGCCGUGACAGGGAGAAUCGGACACCUCUCCAUCUGGCGUGUGCCAACGGCCACACAGAGGUUGCCAGAUUCCUCAUAAAGCACGGCAGCCAGUUGGAUGCUGUUGAUAAUUUUGGGAGAACACCCCUGAUGAAGGCAGUACAGCUCAGAGAACAAGCCUGUGUGACUUUUCUGCUAGAGCAGGGUGCCGACCCAAAUCUUGCAGACAUCGAUGGCAACACUGCCCUCCAGUUGGCCAUCCUGGGUCGUAGU